UGCCAUUUGAUUUGUUUAUACGACUGAAGUGUUGAACACUUUUAUCGCCAUUUAUUGCGAAUUUAAUGAUUCAUUAAUUAAUUAUUUUUUUAUAUUUAAAUAUUAUUUUUUAACAAACGAUACGAAAAAUUACAACAAAUUUAAUAUAAAUUAGUAUUUAUUGUAUAAUUAGUUGAGAGAAAGGAUAGGAUUUGUUGUGAAUAUAAUUAUAAUAAAUAAUUAUAUUUUUGAUGAAAUAAUUGACAAAAACGAGGGAAAGAGUCGGCGAAAGAAGUGAUGGCUUUUUGAACACAAAAUGCAAACAAAUUGUGAUUUAUUUUGGAAAUGGAUGUGAAUUUAGGGGAACUGGAGGUGAGGUUCGACGCGAAUGGCUCUCAUCUGGUGCUGGAAGUGCUCAACUACUUGUCCAAUACAUCACCAAAGAUACCAUCGAUUGGUCAGCUCCGGGACGGCGAGUGUCUAAUCAAAGUCAUCUCAUUGUUUGAACGCCAGACCCGAUGGCAGUCGAGUCGAGUGAUUGAUCUGUUCUUCAAAUACAAGAACGAUGUCAUCACUGGAUAUGAAUUCAUCGACGGAUGGCUCGACUGUUACUACUCUUCGGGUUUUGUGAUAGUGACCGACGGCUUCCGCUUCGCCACCGAUCACGAGGUGAUGACAAUCGCUGUUCUCGUACUCAACGUUCUGUACAUUAAGAGAGAUUCACUCACUUAUGAUCUCAAGAUACGUUUGGAAGCGCUUUGGAUUGACUUCAGUUCGACAAUCGACUCAAUUGUCUUAUGGAUGCGAACCAGAGCUCAACUCAACGAUUGCAAUACUGGUCUCCAUUCGUGCGCACAUCAGCUCUUCUCUCACCACUCUCUACAAGAAUAUCAAUCCAUUCAACAAAGACUCACUCAAUUGGCUCAGCAGAAGCUCAUCAACGAUCAGAUGAAGAGAUUGGAAGAAAAGGACGCUUUGAUGAGAAAACAGGCGAAAGAGUUGUCAGAUUUGGGAACAAAAAUGUUUGCAUUGAUCGGAGAAUUGAAUGAAACGAAGAGUACUUCGGCUAUUCUGGCCACAGAAGUGAAGUGGCAAAUGAGUGCCAACAAAGAACUCAAUCAAACUGUCGCUAAACUUCAACACGAGAAUCAAGUGCUCAAACAAUUGGCGCUAAAGAAUCACUCGUUUCUCUUCAUGGACUCCAAGUCAAAGAGUGCCGCAAACGGCGCCCACAUAUCAACCGAUGCCUCCAUAGACGCCAAACCAGAACUCGAUGCUAACGAACCAAUCAGCGGAUCAAAUGUGGACAACAGUUGUAAUGAAAUUAAUUUGACGACAUUAUCACUGAAUGACAGCCCGAAAGGGACCAGCGAUCGCAACGAAGACACCGACUCGUCCACUGAGAUCGAAGACAUCACAGACAGUGGCAAUCAUUCAGACGCCGCCACCGAUGAUCUGCUUCUGGAGUUGUGUCAAACGAUUUCGCCGAAAGGGGAUAGCAAUGCAAUGAACACUAAUGAGAAGAUUGACUGCACAGACACUACUCUGCCAUCCAAUUCAUGGGAACAGUACUUCGCCAAUGAAAGCAAUAAUACGAAUGACUUGAAUGUUUUGAGCGACAUAUCGGACACAAGUGUCCAAAACAGCGAUACUUACAAUAAAUCUAAUCAUAGUUUGGGUACAAAUGAUAACACGAUUUCCGCAUUAACUCUAAACUGAAAACAAACCGCAAAAACCAUUUUCUAAACAAAAAUUUAUUUCUCUCUCUAUUCUUAAUAUUCACAGUAUUUUUUGAUUCAAAAAAGUCAACAAAUUUUUAGAAUUUUUAUUCGAAAUACAAAUAUUGUCUCCUUUUUGCCACACUUUUCCAUAUUUUCUUAAUUUUCAUAACUUUUUUCUCCAAACAAUAACUGCUUUUAUUUGGAAAAACAAAUACAAAAAUCAAAACAUGAAACAAACAUAAAAAGUGCACUUAUAUUACAAUUAUAUCUUAUACUGAAUUUAUUAUCUCUUAUUUGAAAGUUUUUAAAUUAUAAGUUCCUAUAAAUCUAUUAUUUACACAUU